CAAAGAGAUUUGUGCAGAUUUUGGUAAAAAUGAAGAAUGAGUGAAGUGGAAGUGGAACUGUGAUGAGGACCGGGCUGGAGGACUGAUUCUUCUUCUUCUGUGUGUGAACGUCAAACAGCUGGAUCAUGUCUGAGGAGGCGACAGGAACAGAGCGAGGCCUGGAGGAGGAAGAGGAGGGAGGAGGAGAGGGAGGUGAAGACGAGGGUGAAGAAGGAGAAGGAGGAGAGGUUACCAUGGGAAUCCCCAACGCUCCUGUGUACUGUGUCUGCAGGAAACCAGACAUCAACUGUUUCAUGAUAGGGUGUGACAGCUGUACUGAGUGGUUUCAUGGAGGCUGUAUUGGAGUUUCAGAGAAAGCAGCUAAGGCCAUCAGAGUGUGGUACUGUCCGUCCUGCAGAGAUAAAGACUCAUCUCUGGAGAUUAAAUAUCGUCCGAAGAAGACAAAGGAGAAGGAGGAGAAAGAGGCAGCGCCAGAGCGAGACGAUAAACCAGACAGAGAUGGAAGCUCCACCCCCCAGCCCAAGACUGACAAAAGGCGGGGCUCACAGAUCAAGCGCUCAGCCAGGAUGUGUGGAGAGUGUGACGCCUGUCUGAGGACUGAGGACUGCGCUCAGUGCGACUUCUGCAAAGACAUGAAGAAGUUUGGAGGUCCAAACAAAAUCAGGCAGAAGUGUCGACUCAGGCAGUGUGAGGUCCGAGCCCGGAAGAUGCUUCGGGUCAGAGACGAGGAGAUGAGUCGGAGUGGCGGCAGGGGGCGGGGCCUGCCAAGGAAAGGGGCAGGGCACCAGACAGAGGAGGAGGAGGAGGAUGAGGAGGAGGAAGAGGGGUUCAGUGAGAGCGAGCUGGAGCUGUAUGAGCAGUACAAAGCUGCCGGAUACAGAGACCUGUUGUGGCACAGCGAGGACGAGGAUGCUCAGUCGGACUCUCUGAGGAAGAAAGCAGUGAAGGUGAAACAUGUGAAGAGACGAGAGAAGAAGACGGAGAAGAAGAAGUCUGUGUCCACUCCCAAAGAGGAGGUGAAGCCUCGGCGUCACAAAGCGAAGCAGCGUCACAGGGAGCGUGUGCGGCACAGUGAGCGAGCGGGGGAGGGUGGGGUCAAAGAGGUGGGUGGGGCUCUGCGGCAAUGUCUGGGUCCUGGAUGUGUCGAACCGGCGAGGACCAACUCGAAGUACUGCUCUGAGGACUGCGGCAUGAAGCUUGCCGCCAAUCGUAUCUAUGAGAUCCUGCCUCAGAGGAUCCAGCAAUGGCAGCAGAGUCCGUGUGUUGCCGAGGAGAUGGGGCGGAGACAGCUGGAGCGAAUCAGGAGGGAGCAGCAGGCAGCAAGGCUCCGCCUCACGCUGAUGGAGAAACGUUUUCAUGAGCUUGAAGGCAUUAUCGCCAAUGCCAAACUGCAGCAGGUCCAACACCACGAGGAGGUGACUGAAGGUGAUGGUGAUGACACUGACCUUCAGAUCUUCUGUGUUUCCUGCAGUCACCCCGUCAACCCGAAGGUGGCAUUGAGACACAUGGAGAGAUGCUAUGCUAAGUACGAGAGUCAGACAUCCUUUGGUUCCAUGUACCCAACACGUAUAGAGGGAGCCACCAGGUUGUUCUGUGAUGUGUAUAACCCUCAGAGUAAGACGUACUGUAAGCGGCUGCAGGUUUUAUGUCCUGAACACUCCAGAGAUCCAAAGAUCCCAGCAGACGAGGUCUGUGGUUGUCCUCUGGUCAAAGACGUCUUUGAGCCGACUGGAGAGUUCUGCCGCGUCUCCAAGAGGAAGUGUAACAAACAUUACUGCUGGGAGAAACUCCGCCGAGCAGAGGUCGACCUGGAGAGAGUCCGAGUGUGGUAUAAACUGGACGAGUUGUUCGAGCAGGAGAGGAACCUGAGGACUGCCAUGACCAAUCGGGCCGGAUUAUUGGCUCUGAUGUUGCACCAAACCAUCCAACAUGACCCCAUCACCACCGACCUGCGCUCCGCCAAAGACAGGUAGAUAGGUGGAGACAGACAGGUGCAGACAGACAGGUAGACAGGUGCAGACAGACCGGUGGAGACAGACAGGUAUCCACACCUCCCUGGAUGGAUUUUUUAAGUAUUAUCUGUUUUUAAAUGUGUGUGUUAAUAAUUCAGCCUCAAACCAACAAAAUGCAUCAUGGGAAGCAGAAUUCAGAAGCACAUUACAUUCACCAUAUCUCAUAAUUAUGACUUUGGAGACUGUUGUCUCUGUAACCUUCAGUUAAUGAGAUUAUUACUGUCAUUAGAUCUCAUAGGCACAAGAUAAUGAUAAAUAUUAACGGGAUAGAUUUUAUAAUCAUCAGAUCAUAAAACCAUGAAUGUGAGACCCUUUCAUCGUUUAUAGGAUAUGAAUCUUUUAAUUAUGACACAGGGAUCUUAUGUCUUAUGUUAUUUUUCUAAAUAUGAGAUACAGAUAUAAUUAUGAAAUAAUUGUAUCUAUGAGAGAAUGACACUGUAACUGUGAAGUAGGGAUCUAGUAAUUAUGAUACAAUUUCAUCCUAAAUAUGAGAUAUUUUUCUUAUAAUUACAAGAUGAAGGUUUCAUCAUUAUUAUAUUAUUUUGUUGUAAUUAUGAGAUAAAGAUCUAUAACUCUGAUAAAGGAUCUCACAGUCAUGACAUAGUUAUAGUGAUUGUGAGAUACAGAAGUCAUGAUUGGUGGUAAAUGUGAUGACCUUCCUCUGCACAGUGUUUCAACACUCAUUCAUCCUCUGGACCUGGUCUGACAGGUCCUAUUCUGACAGCAGUUCAGUGUCUGUCAGGGUCUGAAACCUGAAGUAAACACAUAAUUUAUAAUCAACACAAGGAUUCUUAAAUAACAAACAGUAUUAACACUCAGCAGUGAGUUAAAAUCUCAGACAAGUGAUGUCUAAUAAGCACUACACUACCCACAAUUCACUGCAAAACAGCCAGAGCAGACUGGCAGUGAUAAAACACUACAACAGUUUGAUUAGAUGGAGGUGAAGGAUUGUGAUUUGCUGUCUACAGACGGAGUAAACACUACAUGGCAACAUGCAGCUACAACUUUAACAUGUUCUGUUUUUAUUGCACUUAGUUUUUAACCUGAUGUUCUUUUCUCUCUGCAUCAUUUUAUA